AUGAGUUGGAGCUUCCUGACGCGCCUGCUGGAGGAGAUCCACAACCAUUCCACAUUCGUGGGGAAGAUCUGGCUCACGGUGCUGAUCGUCUUCCGGAUCGUCCUCACAGCUGUCGGCGGGGAGUCUAUCUACUACGACGAGCAGAGCAAGUUCGUGUGCAACACGGAGCAGCCGGGCUGCGAGAACGUCUGCUACGACGCCUUCGCUCCCCUCUCCCACGUGCGCUUCUGGGUCUUCCAGAUCAUCCUGGUGGCCACCCCCUCGGUGAUGUACCUGGGCUACGCCAUUCACAAGAUCGCCAAAAUGGAGCACGGUGAGGCAGACAAGAAGGCUGCGCGGAGCAAGCCCUACGCCAUGCGCUGGAAACAGCAUCGGGCUCUGGAAGAGACAGAAGAGGACCAUGAAGAGGACCCCAUGAUGUAUCCAGAAGUGGAAUUAGAAAGUGAGAAAGAAAACAAAGAGCAAAACCAACCUAAACCCAAGCAUGAUGGCCGACGGCGGAUUCGGGAGGACGGUCUCAUGAAAAUCUAUGUGCUGCAGUUGCUGGCCAGGACCGUGUUUGAGGUGGGUUUUCUGAUAGGGCAGUAUUUUCUGUAUGGCUUUCAGGUCCACCCAUCUUAUGUGUGUAGUAGAAUUCCUUGCCCUCAUAAGAUAGACUGCUUUAUUUCUAGACCCACUGAAAAGACCAUCUUCCUCCUGAUAAUGUACGGUGUUACUGGCCUUUGCCUGUUGCUUAACAUUUGGGAGAUGCUUCAUUUAGGCUUUGGGACAAUUCGAGACUCACUAAACAGUAAGCGGAGAGAACUGGAAGACCCGGGUGUUUAUAAUUACCCUUUCACUUGGAAUACGCCAUCUGCUCCCCCUGGCUAUAACAUCGCCGUCAAACCAGAUCAGAUCCAGUACACCGAGCUGUCUAACGCUAAGAUCGCCUACAAGCAGAACAAGGCCAACAUCGCCCAGGAACAGCAGUACGGCAGCCACGAGGAGCACCUCCCCGCCGAGCUGGAGACUCUGCAGCGGGAGAUCAGAAUGGCUCAGGAGCGCUUGGACCUAGCAGUCCAGGCCUACCAUCACCAAAACCACCCCCCCGCUCCCCGGGAGAAAAAGGCCAACGCGGGGUCUAAAGCCGGGUCCAACAAAAGCAGCACGAGCAGCAAAUCAGGGAACGGGAAGACCUCCGUCUGGAUCUGA